AUGGUCAGGCAUUGGUCACAUGGGAAACACCGCAACCGCUGGAUCUCACAAUGGCCCAAUGGGCGCCUUGCCCUGACAAACGACCAGGAAUGUUCGCAGACCGGAAUGCUGGGGAGGAUCCAAGCGUGGCGACGAGUGUCAGUGCCAGCAGUCGCCGUUUCCGGCGCCAGCCUUUUGAUGGCCGCAUCGAACGGCGAUGACAUCGGGGGCAAGCCACUGGGGGGCCUGUGCGGCGGCCUAAAACAAUACGCCCUCGCGGUCAUUCAUGUAUUAUCACCGUCAUUCCAGCAUUAUCUGGGACGGAUGCCAGGCACGAGGUACCGCCGAUGGGUUUCGCUCUGCUUCGAGUCGGAGAACAUUCCUGUGGAGGAGAGCCUCGGCCGUCAAACCGUCCAUAUGAGGCAUGGAUCUCGAGCAUCCUCCACCAUUGCGCCAAUCCCACGUAGGAUCAUCGAAGGAAAGAGCCAGAAAACAUGGGGAAAGAAUGUUCUGAACCUUCCUGUCACAUUCAGCGAGAUUGCCGCGUCUCCGCCGCAAGGGGCCCGCGAUUCCAGAACUCACAUUCCAAGGACGGUGGACGGGUGGACCUCGCCAUAUCGGCAAAACAGCAUGCAGGGCGUAUCAGAGCUGCUGAUUGCCUGCGAAUCCGUCUGGGGUCCGUCCAGCGCCGGGUACCUGAGCCUGGUGCGGUGGCUGCGGCCUUCAGCCAGUGGUUGCGCGGCCCCAGGCCCCUCAUUGGAGCAUCGCAUGCUAAGCAUUCUACUCCUCAGGGAUGCUUGA